CAUAGAUACAGGCCCGGAAGCGAAAGGAUAAAGGCGAAACGAAGCUCCAGAACGAACGAGAUUACGAAACUUGCAAAUGAGAUUUGUGGGGUAUCUCACGUGAUUAUAUAAUAUGUGAUGCCAGCCGAAGGAUUGACCCCUUUUUGACAGCGACGUUGAACGCUCAACCGCUCGAUUUUUUUUUCGUUCCUUUACAGUUUCCUUCCCAGGCUUCGUAUCCCUUCCCUUCCCUAUCAGCGGACCUAACUAUACCCGGACGCUGCUCCCAUUCCAGUCACUGUGAUACCGUCACCGUCUUCUUCCAUUCAAUCGGAAUAUUCAAUAGCGUCUUUUUUACACCUCACCUUCCCCCUCCAUGGCUGAACACCCUAUCAUCGCGAGAUUAUUCGCUUCCAAUGCUCAGUGGGCUGCUGACGUUGACCAAGCUGAGCCAGAGUUCUUUACAGAGCUAGCUCAGGGCCAAAGCCCCCCAAUUUUAUGGAUAGGCUGUGCAGAUUCCCGCGUCCCCGAGUCUGUGAUCACUGGCUCUCGUCCGGGGACGAUAUUCGUCCUUAGAAACAUCGCCAACCAAUUCCAUCUCGAUGAUGACAGCGCUCUGUCGGCGUUGACCUAUGCCGUUGAUCAUCUCGGCGUCGAACACGUUGUCAUUGUCGGUCAUUCAGAAUGUGGAGGAGCGUCGGCGUGUUUCAAUGCAGCGCCGUCGUAUACGUCAGGCGAACCCUGUGCCACGGUAGCAGGGCUGUCGCCUGAGGAAGCCAUCAACAAGUGGUUAUAUCCGGUCACGGCCUUGGCUGCGUCGCUCCACCUGUCUUCUGCACCGAAAGAAGAGGCGCUUCCGAUACUCAUUGAAGAAAAUGUCAAGAUGCAGGUAGACAACCUGUCGCAAACGCCGACUAUCGUAAAUGCUUGGAAGAACAAGAGUGGGAAAGGCAAGGAUGUGUACAUUCACGGCUGGGUGUUUGAUCUUGCCAGUGGCCGGCUGAAGGAUUUAAGGGUGACACGGGGCCCAUCGACCAAGUAGACUUUAGAAUGCCUACAGGCUGAUAAAUCGUUGAACGAUUAGAUUUCUGUUUCGUAUAUCAACGCACCUGCUUUCGUCGAAUAGCAAUAAUUUGUAGUACAAUACUUAAGAAACUCUUGGUGAUCGAAGAGGUCGAUCCGAUCAUGAUGGUCGUCGGAGUCGCC